CAAAACGGCGUGACCAUUAGCUCUCCACACGGACUCGAUUGUACAGGAGCACCACUUGUUCGCCCGCCUGUUGCCGCGGGCCAAAACGCUCCACUAUCAAAGAGAAACUCACCAAUGCAGCCAGAGGAUCGUCUUGGUUCGCAAGCUCUAAGUUUGCCACCGAUUGCAGAAUGGUACGACGCAAGGACGACCACCGCCUUCGAGGCUCGUCCUACGACGCGAACUGAAGACCAAGCUGGGCAGCGUACAGCGACCGCUGAAGGGCAUGUGGCCUAUCAUCGCCCGCGGGACUUGAACGGAGCGUUUGCCCACCCCGAUAGCUUAGGCAAUACGAAUGUGGAUCGUCACGCUCGCCCACAACAGUCAUUUCCGACCCAGUUGACGGGACACGGGCUCCCUAAAGUCAUGGGAUUGCCCGAACACUCUGCUAUGCCUCGAAGAGACUCCUCAUUGGCCGGCUGGACCGUCACAUCGCCCGGUCGAAGAGGCCAAGAAGGUCUUGCGGUACGGCCUGGCUAUGAAUCAAUUCAAUCCACCGGUGAGGAGGCGGAUAUGAGCGCAAGAUAUGGUAGAGACUGUGCUCGAUACGCUGCAGCCUCUCACGGUCCGGAGGAGCAUGACGAUCGUAUCAAGCAAGAGUAUGAACGGGACCGUCAAUCAUUCGACCCUGUGAGCAGAAGUCCUCAUCUGCCUCUCACACAUGAAUCUCUCGCAAACCGAGCGGAUGAUAGUCUUGGCAAUCCAACAAUCCUUCAGUAUGUUCCUGGACUUCUACCUGCCGCAGCGGGCUAUAAGAACAGGGGAUACAUCGGAGUGGAGAUGAUCAACGGGCAGAAGUUCCAUAUUUACGAAGGCGGACUAUGCCUACCAUACGAGGUUAAUGGAGAGCGCGUGAAUGAAUGGUGGGGUUUGACGAAAGCCAACAUUCCACGCAAGCGUCUCGCAACAGCCUGCGAUCGCUGUCGCGAGAAGAAAGUAAGGUGCGAGCCCGGAGUUGGUGGAUGCUUACAGUGUCAGAGGGUGAAUUCAACGUGUCUACGAAACAUGCCUCAGCAUGAUUCACCUGAGAGCUCAGCGAGGCAAUAACACUUGUAGUUGGGGCUUGAGCAAUAAUGUGAUACUAUAUCCAUUGCUUCUCGCACUGUUUGAAUCGUCAUGGUAUACACCGAGAACGAAGAUCGCUCGUGUGACAACAGGUACAUGAAAUUUGUGACAUAUAUGUUUGUGUGAAAUUCAGCGAGAUGAUGUGAUACAAAUUGUGUAGAAUCCCUCCUAUCAGCGAAGACCUUG